AUGUCCUCCACCUUUUAUAGGGUUCAGGAGUGGAGGCCUGUCAAAGAUCCUCCGAUAUUUGGGUUUGCGAAGGUCAUGGGAAUACGGGCGGAAAAUGCAGAUGGUUCUCUGGCAGAGAGUGGGGUCCAUCAUAGUGGGGGAUUCACCGUCGAAGCGGUGGAACUUCGCGUUUAUGAGCUGUCGAGACUGUAUACCUCGCCUGAUUCUGCUGAUUGCCGAAGCACGUUGUGCGACUAUAGGAAAACAGGGUUGGUUGAAGACGAAUUGACGGCGUUUAGAAUAAUAGAGAAAUCUGAUCGUGCACUGCGAAGCCACGGGCAACACUAUCAGCUGAGGCCACAGCUUAAAAGACUGCUCACCCCUUCCGCAGUGAGGCAAUUUUUCGUCCAAGUGAAUGCCGCCGUUUCUGGGUCGGGGAGACGCAUCAGUCGCAAUGGUACACUAAACCUCGGCCUCGUGGAGUACCAAUUCGGGACCGCUAUUUCUCGGAAAUAUCCAGAGGAGAAAGGAUAG